AUGGGCUUGGUGUACUUCUCCCCAGCAGCUUUUCAGUCCCACGAGGAUAACCUCCGCGACUGGAGCCGAGUACAGUUUCGCCCGCGUGUACUGAGAAAUGUCAAGCAUGUAAGCAUAGAGCGCACGAUCCUGGGGUUCAAGAGCAGUCUUCCAUUCUUCAUCGCCCCGGCUGCAUCGGCACGGCUUGGUCAUCCCGACGGCGAGCUUUGUCUGGUUCGAGGAGCGGCCAGGCACAAUAUUCUGUAUUGUCCGAGCAAUAGCUCCUCGGUGUCUCAUGAAGACUUGGUUGAAUGUCUAAAGCAGGAGCAAGGUGGCGGAGUUCUCUUCUUCCAACUCUACGUGAAAAAGACGGAAGAAGAAACAAUCUCGCAGAUUCGCCGUGCCCGGGCGUUAGGUUUCAAAACGCUCGUUAUUACCGUUGAUAACCCAGUCUUGGGUAUGCGUGAAGAAGACGACAGGUAUAGAAUCAAAGAUGCACUCGAAAAGGGCGAGAAGGUUGUACCUUUCUGGGGCUCACGACACCCUCUAGGAAAAGACGACAAUUUCGUUUUGCGCGGAGCCCAUUCUUCUACAUUGAGCUGGGAUGAUCUAGAGUGGAUAAAAGAAGAGUGGGGUAAUAGUGGACCAAUAUCUAUCAAGGGCAUCUUGACGGCAGAAGAUGCGAAGAUUGCGUGUGAGAUGGGCAUCCAAAGCAUUUAUCUCAGCAACCACGGGGGACGUCAAAUCGAUUCAGCGCCAUCAUCUACUCUCAGUUCUCAGCGACGAACUGGAGACCUCGAUGCGACCGCUGGGUGUGACCGGUCUAGAUCAAUUGCGUCCGCAUAUGGUCAAGACGCAGGAUCUAGAGAGAAACAAAAGACCACACAUCUAUCCACGCCGAACUCGACCUCCGAAAAUCGCAGUACGAUUGAUCCCGAAUCUCGCCUAGAAUCUCGUCCAGGAAGGUCGCCUGACCAAAAUAGUAACACUGAGCUGGCAUCCCGCACCCAAACUCUCGAGCAAGAUUAUGAAGCCCUCAAGAGAGAGCUGGCUUGGAUGAGAGACCAGGAGCGCGACCGCACCACCGCACAGCAAUCGAAACCUACUGAAGCCCCAGUAGGCCCCUCGCAGUUCUCACCAACGAAUACGUCAGUAGUCGGUUCACCAAAGAAUGUCUUCGAACUCAAUAUCAAGGUUGCGGGCGGAUCCCCUUUCUUCCACCAGAUCGACGUCCUGGACCGCUCUGUUGCUCGCGACCUCGGGAAAGGCGACGAUCCAAUGCUUUUGCUACCUGAGGAGCCAGGCUCCGAGACCAUGGACUACGAGAAUCUGUCGGCUAGUGUGAAACGCGAUCUAGAUCAGAUUGUGGACCAGACGCGACUGGAGGAUAUGGACAAAGUCAUGCAGUCCCUGGACAUUUACUUCGCAAACAUACAACCGCACUAUCCUUGUAUCAACGAAGCCCAUUUCCGCGCUCAAUUCGCAGCGUUCCUCGCAAACGACACGAACUGCAUGAGCAAGAGCGUUUCCGUCCAAUUCGCAGCACUCCUCAACUUCAUGAUGGCCGUUGGCCGUAUCCUGUACGACAUCUGCACAUCCGACGACAACCCCCCCGGCUGCAAAGAGUUCUCCCGCGGCGAGAAGCUCCUCAGCCACGCGACCUGGCUCGAGAAAGCCAACAUCACGACGAUUCAAAUCCUGCUCAUCAAGAGCUCCUACUGCCUGUACAUCUCGCGCCUCAACGCGGCCUACGACACCAUGGGCACCGCCAUCCGCCUCUGCUUCCAGCUCGGCCUGCACAACGAGCCCUCCUGGGGCGGCGCCUCCUGCAGCUUCUACGACCGCACCUACCGCCAGCGCCUCUUCUGGUCCCUCUACUGCCUCAACCACAACGUGGCCCAGAACUCGGGCGUGCCCGACCUCCUCUGCGACGACGACUUCGACGUCGCCCUCCCCUCUUGCGUCGACGACCGCAUGCUCUACCCCAACUGCCCGCCCUUGCCGGAAACCCACAGCGCCUCCCUGAUCCCCUACCUCCUCCAAAUCAUCGCGUGGGCGCAGCUCUCCUCCACGAUCUGGGACGCCCUGUUCGGCGUGCGCGUGCGCAAGCCCGCCAACCCAGCCUUCAUCGCCGCCAUGGACGCGAAGAUCCUGGCGCUGGGCCGGCAGACGCCCGCGAGCCUGCUGUGGCCGCCGCCGCACGCGGCCGCCGCCGCCGACCCGGCGCCCGCCUUCCGCGUCCAGCAGAGCUUCGUGCUCUACCUGCGCAUCCGCGCGCUGCGCAUGCUGCUGCGCCGCGGCGAGAUGGUGUCGCUGCGCUACGCGGCGCGCACCGCGCGGCUCUGCAUGGACAUCGCGACGGAUAUGGUGGCGGCGGUCGAGCUGUCGUAUAGCUCUGGUGGAUUGAGGCGGGCGGAGCGGUAUGCGUAUGGGCUGCAUCUGACGGGUGCGUUAGUGCCGGUCAUCUGUGUGAUUGUGCGGCGGAGUAAUGGCGAGGAGCUGAUACGGCCGGCGGUUGAUCUGUUUAAUCGCGCGAUGCGGAUCAUGGAGGCCGUGGCGGGUGGGUUGUCGUUUGCGAGGCGGACGUUGCGUCAGCUGCGGCGGCCGAUAAGGGUCGCGAGGGAGAUUAUUGAGGCGAAUUGGACGCAGCAGGAGGCACCGGUGCAGGAUGCGAGUGGGCAGUUGGGUGCGCAGAAUGUUGUGGCGACGCCGGCGAGUCUGGUUCAGAGCCAGGCGUGGGACCAAGAGGGGGGUAUGGCUAUGGACGGCGCGAGGAGAGAACAGGGGGUGGACGAGUGGAGGCCUGCGGAAGGGGAGUUGGUGUGGGAGGAUUUGGAUCUGUGGAAUAAUAUUAUCAUGAGCAACUGGCAGUCAUGAGUCGAGUUACAACAAUCAAAGGAAUAGAGACAUAUUCGUGGAGUAACGGACGAAACGCCAACCCUCUCAAAAAUAUCCUUUUCUCUUUUGGGAUGGGUGAAAGAAUGGCACUGUCGCGGGAGUAGGUGGACGCGGCUUCGGUCUUCCGGUGAUGCAUUGCUACGAGAUAGUUUUGCGGACGAUUUGUCCUUUCCAAAGGUGGAGAGAUCUACUAGGCCAAGAUGUUUACCUAUUCGAAGUCAGG